AUGUUCACGGAACUCAUUUUGCUAGGAUUCACCAAAGAUCUGACAAUAAGCACUUUAUUAUUUAUUUUAUUUUCCAUAAUAUACUUGGUGACUGUUUUUGGGAAUGGUCUCAUCAUAGGUAUAAUUCUACAUAACCAUCACUUACACAUCCCCAUGUUCUACUUCCUUUGCGUACUUUCUGUCUGUGACUUGAGUUACUCAUCUACUGCUGUGCCCCGAUUGUUGUCAGACCUCUUUACUUCCAAGAGGGUCAUCUCGCAGGGAGCUUGUACCAUCCAGAUCUACGUCAUCCUGCUUUUAGAGGGAUGUGAGUGUCUUCUCCUGGCCAUCAUGGCUUAUGACCGUUACGUGGCCAUCUGCCGGCCUCUCCAUUAUCACGCUCUCAUGCGUUGGAGUAUUUGUUACAAACUGACUGCCAUGAUAUUUAUUUCAAGCUUCAUGAUGUGUAUUUUUCCAUCAAUUUUCCUGCGGAUUACUCUUUGCGACAACCAGAUUAAUCAUUUCAUGUGUGAGAUUCUAGCAGUCCUAAAAUUGGCGUGUGGGAAUAUUUCAUCCAAUGAAAUUGUCAUCUUCUCCAUCAGUUUUAUUACUCUUCUCCUCCCUUUUGUUCUUAUUAUAAUAUCAUAUAUUUGCAUUUUGUCAUCUGUAUUAAAGAUUAAGUCUGCGGGAAGAGCUAAAGCCUUUUCCACUUGUUCCUCCCAUCUGGCGGUGGUGGGGUUAUACUUUGGUACAGUGAUGCUCAUGUUCUUGGGUCCACCAUCUCAGUACUCCACCAACCAGGAGAAAUACAGCUCCGUAUUUUAUGUGAUUGUGUCUCCCAUGCUGAACCCGAUCAUCUACAGCCUCAACAACAAGGAAGUUAAAGAUACCGUUAGAAAACUGUGCUCUACAUUUAUUGUUACGCAAACAAGCAUUCAAUGA